AUGAUUCUCGCCCUCUCAGAUAUGUUCGUAGCAGCAGCUUUACGAAUGUUCAACAGAGGCAAGCCCGAUGACAACCAAGUCCUAGUAGCUCUCAGAUACGAAGAGUAUCUCGGUUACGAUGAGAUGGAUGGUUUGAUCAGCGGAGAACAAAACGAGCGACGAAAGGCGCGCUAUUCGGUCGGACGAUCGAACUCGCGAAGUGGGGGCCGGUUCUUCAGACGCCGAAGCUAUACCAGAGUUGAAGAGCAGAAUGUCCUUUAG